GUCAUUCACUUCAGCGUGCCUGACCAGUGUGAUAACAUCAUGUUGACCCCACCGAAGGAGGGGAUGCCCAGUAUGAUCGACCGGGCGCUGAGGAUGAGGAGGGAGGAGCAGGCUCGACAGGUGGUCCUCGCCUGGGCUGUCCUCAAUAUGUCCCUGGCUGGCAUGAUUUACACUGAAAUGUCAGGGAAAUUGCUGAGCCGAUACUACAACAUCACCUACUGGCCUAUCUGGUACAUCGAACUGGUGCUAGCUUCUCUCUUUAGCCUCAAUGCUCUUUUUGACUUCUGGAAGUAUUUCAAGUACACUAUGGCUCCCUCCACUAUUGCUGUAUCCCCCGAGCAGCAUCAUCUACUGGGUCUGAGAAACACAAGUAUUCAGGCCUCUCCGCCCCAGAAACCAGAAAAGAAAGAAACCCCAGCUCCAGCCCAGUCGUCUCCACUGCAGGGUCAGAGCGUGCUGAGCUUUAGUCCUUCUCGGGCGGCCACAACCAGCCCCAAAUUCUCCCCCAGCUGUGUGCAAGGUUACAGCCCUCCUCUGAGUAACCCGUCCACCCCGAGCAGUGCAGGAGGCCCCUUUUCCCCCUCAGUAGCCUUUGGAAAGGUCUUGAACUACAGCCCUUCCUCCGGCUCUUCUCCUUAUCCGAACACCAUCGGGUCAGCAGAAGGCACCAGCUUGAGAGCUCGAUAUCGCACAUCUCCAUCGGUGUUUAACUCCCCUGGAAGCAAGGAGGACUACAUGGAGGAUCUGAAAAGUCUGGAGAGGUUCUUGCGCACAGAGGAGGAGAGGAGUCACCGAAGCCAGUUAGGCAGUCCAGAGUCUGUGUCUCCGAGCCACAGUCCAACAUUUUGGAACUACAACCGUUCAGUAGGAGAUUACGCACAAAGCCUGAGGAAAUUCCUGUACCAGCCUGCAUGUCGCUCUCAGGCACCAUCUGCCCACAAGGAUGAGACAGAUCUGGGAUCCAAACAGGCUGCAGAGGAGGUUUGGGCCAGAAUUACAACCAGUCGCCCGGUCGUGGAUCGCAUCGAUAGCUGGACGGCCAAACUUAGAAAUUGGAUCAGUGACACCAUCUUGGUCCCGUUGGUCAAAGAAAUAGAUUCUGUGAACAGCCAGCUCAGGAGGAUGGGCUGCCCAGAGCUCCAGAUAGGAGAGGCCAGCAUAAGCAGUCUGAAGCAGGCAGCAGUGAUGAAAGCCUCGUCAAUCCCCACGUUGAACUCUAUCGUUCAAUACUUGGACGUCACACCCAAUCAGGAGUAUCUAGUGGACCGGAUAAAGGAGCUGGCUCAUAGUGGCUGCAUGAGCUCCUUUCGAUGGAACGGUGGUGGUGACCUGAAGAACAGAAAGUGGGAUACUGACCUCCCUACUGACUGUGCUAUCCUCAUGCAUGUGUUUUGCACAUACUUGGACACCAGGCUGCCGCCGCACCCCAAGUACCCAGAUGGGAAAACUUUCACUUCACAGCACUUCAGCCACACACCAGACAAACCUGAUGUAACCAAGGAGAACCUCUUCUGCAUCCACCAAAGCAGCACGACUCCCCCUCACUACCAGCUCAUAUACCAAGGACACAUCUACAGUCUUCCCAAGGGCAGAAACAACCUGUUCCACACUGUCCUCAUGUUCCUUUAUGUCAUUAAGACCAAGGAAUCAGGGAUGCUGGGGAGAGUAAAUCUGGGCCUCUCUGGUGUGAAUAUCUUGUGGAUAUUCGAAGACUGAUGCACGGCCUUUUACAGGAAACGAGCAGGUGCAAGUGGAUUUUUUUUCCACCCCGCAAUGCUGCAAGGCUAUGCUGGUUGGAACAUCAUAUCAACCUAAAGACUGCUUUUUUUAGGUGCACAUGGAAAACAGCACUUCACCUUGAAGUGAUAAUAAAUGCGUGUAUUUGGGCAUGUUCUCAAUUUUACUGUACAAAUUGGCAACCUGCUGCAUUAUUAUUCACCUUUUAGGAACUCGUUUCUUUUACACCACAGAGGGCUUACGACGCAACAAAGAGCUGUAUUUUUUAAACACGAUUUGAUUUUCUGAUUUUUAUAUUUUUGAGAAUGUACCAGCAUGGCAGCCUUGUAAAUAAUAUACCUCAGAUUUGUCUGGCGGAUGGCGAAAGGGCUCUGAACCCAUUAGCUUGAAUGUAAAUACAGUGUGUGUGAGGACUUAACCAUGUGUUUUGUUUUGGCAUCAGCAACCUUUUGCUACUAGCUUGUUGCGACUUCUUCCCUGUUCUUUUGUAGUAAUAAAUCUUUCCAGUAAUAGCGAUGCUCCUGGCAUGUGCUUGAAUUAAAAAACAGACCUGUGCAAAUUGCUGCAGUGCUGAAAUAUGGUAUUAAAGUAUUCUGUAGUUGCUAAUUGUACCUGUUUAUGAGGCUGUAAUGUCACACAUGUACAAUAGUGAUGAUAUGACAGGUGAUGUGCGAUUUGGAGAAAAAAGGAAAAGCCUUUGAGUCACCAAUGUCAUUCUUUUUUUUUUUGUAAACAUGCUGUUUUUUACUAAGAAGCACUGAAUGCCAUUCAUCCUGACUUCCUGUGUCUGCCGUUGGUUACAUUUGACAUGUGUGCUCGUUUUCAAUGAUGCAUUUUACAGAAGUUAUGAGAUGUGAAAAUUAAAUUGAGAUAUUAAAAAGAGAACUGCAGAAGUUUGA